GAGAACAGUUCCACUGUUUAUGUUUUGACAGAACAAUUUAGGAGCUUUUUACUUAUUUUACUAGAAUUAGUUUAGUUUUGCAUACAAUAUUUCAUGCAUUACUACUGACGUUACAAUAUCAAGCGACAGAAAAUGAACCAUCACUCUUCGUGGAGAGGACAUCAUUGUGCCCCUGAAGACACCAACUGCACUUCAAGCUUUAAGGAGUCCUUAGGUGGCAGGAGCUACAAGUUACUCCAUGUGCCAUUCCAUGGGCCAACCCACAGCCACCACCAUGAGCCUCCACACCCGUUCCCCACUGUGGAUGUUCCUGACCAUGCCCACUACAUCAUCGGAUCUGUCAUCUUAAUAGUUGGCAUCACUGGAGUGAUUGGAAAUGCUCUGGUGAUCUACGUGUUCUCCCGAAGCCAUACACUUCGCACUGCGGGGAACAUGUUUGUGGUGAACCUGGCUGUGGCUGAUUUCUUCAUGUCUCUCACCCAGUCACCCGUGUUCUUUGCAGCCAGCCUGCAUAGGCGCUGGGUGUUUGGUGAGCGUGCUUGUGAGCUCUAUGCCUUCUGUGGAGCCCUCUUUGGAAUCUGUUCCAUGAUGACUUUGACUGCUAUUGCGGCCGACCGCUGCCUUGCCAUAACUCAGCCUCUUGCCCUUGUAGGCAAAGUUAGCCGACGCAAAGCUGGCGCAGUACUGGCUGUUGUUUGGCUCUAUUCUUUAGGCUGGAGCCUUCCGCCUUUCUUCGGCUGGAGUGCUUUUGUACCAGAGGGUCUUCAGACUUCCUGUUCAUGGGACUACAUGACUUUCACUCCAUCAGUGCGUGCAUACACCAUCCUCCUCUUCAUUUUUGUCUUCUUUAUCCCACUGGGCAUUAUCGGUAGCUGCUACUUUGGAAUUUUCAGAGCUAUCCGAGCAGCCGGGAGGGAGAUAAGAGAGCUGGGUUGUGGGGAAACGCAUAAGGUGUUUGAACGUAUGCAGAAUGAAUGGAAGAUGGCUAAGGUUGCCCUCCUGGUGAUUUUGCUCUUCAUAAUAUCCUGGUCACCCUACUCCGUGGUGGCUCUAACUGCUACAGCAGGCUAUUCCCAUUUUCUGACCCCCUACAUGAAUUCAGUGCCUGCCGUUAUUGCCAAGGCCUCAGCCAUCCACAAUCCCAUUAUCUAUGCAAUCACACAUCCAAAAUAUCGGGCAGCUAUUGCGCGCUAUAUCCCAGUUCUUCGCCCUAUCCUGCGUGUAAGAGAGAAGGACCUCCGUUCAUCUUUCAGUUCCAGCAGUGCCCUCUCCUCCCGUCGUCCGACACUUACCAGUCAAUGCUCCCUGGGGGUUAACAUGGGCAAUGCUGCACGUGCUAAUGGCCGCUGGGGGAAGACCCGCUUGUCUUCUGCUUCGGACACUGAUUCCUGCUGGACGGAGAGUGAGGCUGACGGUUCCAGUGUGAAUUCCUUGACAUCUAGCCGCCGUGUGUCCACAGAGAUCUCUACAGAUACAGCCAUUCCUGCACAGUCCAGCAGCAGCAUCACCACCAGUGGGCAGAAAUUAGGGAAGACGGACAAAGUUUUAAGCAUGCCUAUGCCGUCUAUUUCUUUUGAAACAGAUACAUCGGAGGGGGAGCCUCUGUCUGACGGGAAGGCUUUCCUCCUUGGGGGGAACUAAGAGAAUAAUACAGCGCUACAGAGGGGUCAAAUUUUGAUAAUAGUUACUUUAGUAGCUGCUUUGAAUAUGACCUGUUACUUUAGUUUUAUUAUGAUUAAAUAAUCCUUGUGUCCUUCUUUAUUUCCCUUUUUUUUUCUUGUUGGUUUUGUAAACCUUGUUUUUUGCAAUUAAAUAAUUUCUAGGUUAUGUGUGAAUUAAUAGGGAGCAUUUACUGAUUGUAACCAUUUUGUUCAGCUAACAUAGCCAUUUUAAAUGUUUGUUUAUUUAAAAAAUUGAUAGUUACUUUUUUAUGAAAGUAUUCUGAUGUAAAAUGUAAUGGUAAUGUAAUUAUGUUUGGUAUACAUUUUAUUGAAAUAAAAUACCAUAUGCAUGUAUCAUUAGCAGUCCUGGUUACUUGUAAUGGUCACCACAUAGAUACCCACAAUAAAAAUACAAUUAAACAAAACCAAACAAACAUCUUGCAGUAGUGUACGAUUACUAAAUGUAUAUACCAAUCAGAGAACCGUAGCAUAUGAAAAUGUAUUUGAAAUUCAUUUGAAACAUGGUAUCAAGUUCGCAGUUUUCACACAGUUAAUAAAAACAUUUAAGUAUCAAAUGUACACUGCAAUUUUAUGUUAAUAUGAGCUGUUGAAAUGGACUUGGGCCCAAUCAGAACAGUUGUGCUUUUAAAAAAAAUGUAUUUGUCACAGGAAAAGCAUUUAUUUAGUCUCAUCUGUAUACUUUGGACCGCAUAAAUGUUUCAGGAUUAUAAAUAAAUAAAAACGUGUUGUCCUGUUCUUUAAAUAAGUAUGAAUAAGACAUCAUUACAAUACAAGAGUUCAUCACAUUAACUAAGGACAUUUAACAGUUACAGUAGCCUGUUCUAGUAGUCUAUUGUUUUCUAAGUUAAAACCUAACAAACGUUUUUGGUAAAUGUUCUGCCUGAAAAGAAAAAAUGUGCUUGUGUGGGGGUCCUGGGUAACUCAGCAAGUAAAGACGCUGACUACCACACCUGGAGUUGCGAGUUCAAAUCCAGGGUGUACUGAGUGACUCCAGUCAGGCUUCCUAAGCAACCAAUUGGCCCAGUUGCUAGGGUGGGUAGAGUCACGUUGGGUUAACCUCCUUAUAGUUGCUAUAAUGUGGUUCUUGCUCUCAGUGGGGCGCAUGGAUGCCACAGAGAAUAGCAUGAAGCUUCCACACACGCUAGGUCUCUGGUAAUGUGCUCAACAAGCCAUAUGAUAAGAUGCGCUGAUUGACAGUUCUGUUCCAAAUGGCGCACUUCAUGUGGACUUGCAGUCUCUUGGCCUUCAGUUGCGCGUGCUUGUGAAGUCUACGAGUCCGUAGUGUGUCCCAUUUGUGAUUUUAGCACUUGCGAGUGUUCUCGGGAGCGCCCCCUUUGCGCCCUCGAUGCAGUCUUCGUCGAAGCCCGCACUGCUCCGGGCUCACGGCAGUCCGCUACCCAACAGUCCUUCCAACAGACCAAUCAGAAAGACUCCAGUUUCUGAGCUGGAGGAAAAAACAUGGCAGAAUAGGCGAUGUUCAAUUGCGGAUUAAAAAUGUAUUUUAAUAAUCACCUUUUCCUGAUUGCCAAUGGCAGAUCACUUGCUUAUCAUGGGUAUAUAGAAUCACUUUUAAAUCUGAUGUGUAGAACUUGUUCAAAACUUUGUUUUAUUUAAUUUUCCAGAGAUAUGGAAUUGAUCCUAUUCAAUUUAUUGUUAUUGUUGUUUCAAAGAGGAUUUUAUAAUUAUUGUGAGUCUCUAAAAUAUCAAGAAAGGAAAGAAUAAUUUAAUGCACAUGACUGUAGCUUGUAAGAUUGCUUAUAUUUAUUGAUAUAGCAACAUUCGGUCUAACAGUGCUAUUUAUACCUGCAGAAGUGUGGCUGUAUGUAUUUUAUAACUAUUUUUGCGAAUAUAUGGUAGUAAGUUCUUUCUAUACAUUUUACUGUGUUCUAAGCUGUAACCAUCCAUGUGUCUGAAUAAUGUUGAUUUGUUCUCUAAAGAUAUAAAACAAUGGGGUUUUGUUGCUGUAGUCAUAUGUGCACUUUGUUUUUCAGAGGUUCUUUAUUAUCUAAUGCUUUAUUGUCAGUGUGUUGCUUGAAAUUAUUUAAUAAAAACAAAUAUUCAAUAGUUAGUUUAAAGCGUGUUCCUUUACCCUAUCUAUCAAUGCCAUGACUUUUUAAAAUAAUAAUUUGUAAAACUGCAUGUAAAUAAAACCAUAAUGUAAAAAAUGCGUCAUCUGAUUGAAGUCUUGAAGUCUGGCCCAAAUGCCAAUCAUGCCCCCUCAUGGACUUGCUGACUAGUGCCCCAUCGGUCUGCACUCAGAGGAAGACCACAAGAACGGAAUAUACUCUGCUAAACAUUAUUUAACCAAGUUUAAAAAAGAUAUAGAUGAAAGUUAUGGCUUUUGCAAGCAGAAGCCAGAGACAGCUGUUCAUUUAUUUUGGCACUGCCCUUAUGUGUCUUUUUUUUUUUUUUUUUUUUUUUGGGCAAAAUGUACUUGAUUUUAUUGUUGGAAAUGUUGAUGAAAAUUUUACAUUACAGUGGAACGAUGUUCUUUUAGGUAUUAUUGUAAACUCCAAAGAUAAACAAACCUGCACUUAUUUUAUUAAUGUUUUUAUUUUAAUGGCUAAAUUUCACAUUCAUAAAUGUACAUUUUCAGGGAAAAAAAAACAUGUUUUAUAGUAUUUAAAAAUGAAGUGAAGCAUUAUAUUGAGUCAAUAUUGCCAUCGAAGAAACAAAAAGCUAUUCGAAUUUUACAAGCAUGUACACUCUUUAAAGUAUUCUUAUAAUAUUGUUUAUACCUCCCCCUAGCAUUUGAAAUGUUGUAUUGUAUUUGUAUUGUUUGUUUUGAUAUUUUCUUCAAUAAAAAAAAAAAAAAAAAAAAACUGGGGUACGUUUACAUGUCAACGAUGUACUAAUAACAGAAAAGUUUUUCCUUUGCGUUUUUGAAAAGUUUCGCGUACAGACGACAACGUUGUUAAAACGAUCCCCGUUCACACGGACCCGCGAAAACGACUAAAAACGCUGUAUUAUGCAUGCCAGGCCAGUAGUUUGCGAUGUCGCUUUGUAAAUAAACACUACGCGCAUGCGCACAUAAGCAUUCUUCCACAGAGCGGUGAAUACAAACAAUGAAGAUGGCGAUCGCUGGUCGUAGUAGUGAUGCAGUAAAUCUACACGUUGCUGGAGAAGCGUCGGUAACAAACACAGUCCUGUAGUCCGCCAUUUUAGUUUUGAAUGUUUCCCGCGCUGUUUUGAAGUACUCGCGCGCAUGCCUAUAGGCUGAACACGUAAUACGCGUGCGCGUGACGUCAUCGUUCUCACAAAUCCGCGUUUUUGUGUGUUUACACGGAGACGAUAAUGGCAUCGAUUUCAAAAACUAGCACCUUGAAACCCGUUUUCAAAAAUUUGCGUUUUUAGGCCCCAAAACGCCGUUGUCGUGUAAACGAACAGCCAAAACGCAUAAAAAGUUUUCCGUUUUUAGUUGAAAACGUUGUUGUGUAAACGGCCCCGAUUCCUCCGCCUCCCGGAUUGAGGCGCGUCACUACGCCACCACGAGGAUUUAGAGCGCAUCGGGAACUGGGCAUUCCACAUUGGGGUGGGGGAGUGUUUGUGUUAUAUUUCAAAUAAUUGCCACUUGGUUUGACAUUUUGUUACUAAUGCAGUGGCAUUCAUACCGUUUUAAGUGUGUCUAAAAUGUGGUAAUACUUCUGGGGGAGUCACUGUAUUUUGACGUAUUUUAAAUGGUAGCCAAAUCUUUGUAUCGUUAGUAUCACUCUCAUAAAAAAGCGAGCAAGCAACACAAUUUUCUUCUACGUUUCACUGAAUAUUAGUAUGACCUGACUUUUAUUUUGAAUUUCUUUACUUGACUUUUAAAUCCUGCUCCGGAUGUUGUAUUAAACAAUAGCACGCUGAUGUUGCCGACUUCACAGUUCUUCACUGUCUCGCGUGAACGCCCUUGUCUGUUGUCUGACUGUCUCAACACAACAAGUGCAGUGAGACACGAGGCUCGUUUGAAGUGAAUCAUUUAUGGCAGUCAGACGGCUGGCAAAAUAAUUCUCAAUAUGGGGGAGGAUGGUAUUGACUACAACAUAGUAUUUCCAGAGGCACUGAUCUCAG